UUUGAGCUUAUGUAAUUCUUUUUCCCCUUUCAGGUAACAGAAAGCAAAAAUGAUGGAAAAACUCAAUGCUAGUUCUGAAGGUUACUUCAUUCUACUGGGGUUUUCUAAAUGGCCUCAGCUGGAAGUAAUUCUCUUUGUGGUUAUCUUGAUAUUCUACUUGUUGACACUGAUAGGUAAUUUGUUUAUCAUCAUGCUGUCAUGCCUGGAUUCCUGUCUCCACACUCCCAUGUACUUCUUCCUCUCAAACCUCUCUUUUUUGGAUCUCUGCUACACCACCAGCUCCAUUCCCCAAUUGCUGGUAAACCUCUGGGGCCCAGAGAAGACCAUUUCUUAUGCUGGUUGCAUUGUUCAACUCUACUUUGUUCUUGCACUGGGAACUACAGAGUGUGUCCUAUUGAUGGUGAUGUCCUAUGACCGUUAUGCAGCUGUGUGUAAACCCUUGCAUUACACUGUCCUCAUGCACCCUCAACUCUGCCAAUCCUUAGCUUUGGCUUCUUGGGUAAGUGGUUUUACCAACUCAGCACUCCAUUCCCUCUUUAUCUUAUGGGUGCCCCUGUGUGGACAUUACCAAGUUGAUCACUUUUUCUGUGAAGUUCCAGCACUCCUGAAAUUGUCUUGUGUUGAUACUCAUAUUAAUGAGCUGACUCUCAUGUUCACAAGCUCUAUUUUUGCUCUCAUACCUCUCUUCCUCAUUCUAACAUCUUAUGGUGCCAUUGCUCGGGCUGCACUGAAGAUGCAGUCAAUUACCAGGCUUCAGAAAGUCUUUGGUACAUGUGGAUCCCAUCUUAUGGUAGUUUCUCUGUUUUUUAUUCCAGCCCUUUUCAUAUAUCUCCAACCAUCAACAGAAAAUUCUCAAGAGCAAGGGAAGUUCAUUGCCCUGUUUUAUACUGUUGUCACUCCUAGCCUCAACCCUCUCAUCUACACCCUCAGAAACAAAGAUGUGAGAGGGGCAGUUAGGAGACUAAUGGAGAGAGAACAAAAAGUGUGUGCGGCAUUAACAGUGUAG